UUCUCCAACCGAAUCUAGUUAAUAACCAUGACACGUCAUCAGUCAUGGAUCACCGGCAGCCUCUGCUCCUCCACCACCGCCACCGCCACCGCCGUCUCCCUCUCCGACGACUCCACCACCACCUGCUCUUCCUCUUCCUCCACCGCCAGCAGCCUCAGUAGCCUCCAGAGCAAUCUCUCUCUCCAAACCCACCCUUCCCUUCCUUCCCUCCAAAAAUCCCCCGCCGACUAUGCCCCUUACUCCACCACCGCCGCCUCUCCCACCGCCGCCGACUUCCACUGCUCCAACACCUUCCGCCCCCGCCCGGACCUCCCAAUCACCUGCCUCGUCGUCAACGGCGACCUCCUCUACGCCGCCUCCGGCCACCAGAUCACCGUCUACCACCGCGCCACUGGCGCCCUCCUUGAGUCCUUCAACGACGCCGCCUCCGCCGCCGACGGCGGCUCCGUCAAGGCCGUCGCGUUUCUUGACGGCAAGGCCUUCUCCGCCCACCAGGACGGCAAGAUCCGCGCCUGGAAACCGUCGGCGGAACGCCGGCGCCACAAGUUCCUCGCCGCGCUACCCACCGCCGCCGACAAGCUCCGCCACUUGGCCUUCCCGAGCAGCUACGUCACCGUCCGUCGCCACAGGAAGAUCCUCAAGAUCCAGCACGCCGACGCCGUCGCCGCUCUUGCCGGCGGCGGCGGUGGAGCGAUCUACUCCGUCUCGUGGGACCGGAGCCUGAAGAUCUGGAGCGCGUCGUCGCUCCGCUGCCUGGAUUCCAUCCCCCGGGCCCACGACGACGCCGUCAGCGCCGUUGCCGUCUCCACCGACGGCACCGUCUACACCGGGUCGGCUGACCGUCGGAUCCGGGUCUGGUCCAAACCCGACCCGACCCGGCAGAGGCACGCGCUGGUCGCGACCCUGGAGAGGCACAAGUCGGCGGUCAACGCGCUGGCUUUAAACGACGACGGAUCGGUUCUGUUUUCGGGGUCGUGCGACCGGUCGAUUUUGGUGUGGGAGAGGGAGGACAGCGCGAGCCACAUGGCGGUCACCGGGGCGCUGAGGGGACACGGGCAGGCGGUGCUGUGCCUGAUCAACGUCUGCGAUUUGUUGAUCAGCGGGUCGGCGGAUCGGACGGUGAGGAUCUGGCGGAGGAGUAGCGUGGACGCCAAGUACGGUUGUUUGGCGGUUAUGGAGGGGCAUAAGAAGGCGGUGAAGUCGCUAGCGGCGGUGGAGGGUGAGGACGGCGUCGUUUGGGUUUACAGUGGGAGUUUGGACGGGGAGGUUAGGGUGUGGCAGGUUUCAGUUCCGAAACCGUGCAGCCGUCCGGAGAUUAUUAUUUGAAAAACUCUUUGACGGUUGUUUGAUUUAGUGGCUAACCGGGAGUGCGGGUCUUAAUUCCUUGAUUAAUUUCGGUUUGGUUUGGUUUGAUUAGAGUGUUGAUUAGUUUUGGCGUUGUAUGGCUCGUGCAAUGGAAUCUUUGGAUUUUUGGGUUUUUUUUUGUCGUUGAGUUUUGAGCGGGUUUUUUUAAUUUGAAUUUGUAAAUUCUAUUCGUACGUAAUUAGGAACCCUUAUCCGGCUAUAAGAACAGUUAGUUGUACUGUUCUCUUCAGUAGUGAAGUUUGAUUUGUUAAUGUGUAAUUAAGGUGAUGAUAAUAGAUUAUUGAAUAGCGU